AUGCCAGAAGGCCAGUUUCUGGAGGAAGAAACCAAGGUGUAUGUUGGUAACCUGGGAACUGGUGCUGGCAAAGGAGAGUUAGAAAGGGCUUUCAGUUAUUAUGGUCCGUUAAGAACUGUGUGGAUUGCCAGAAAUCCUCCAGGAUUUGCCUUUGUGGAAUUUGAAGAUCCUAGAGAUGCAGAAGAUGCAGUGAGAGGCCUGGAUGGAAAGGUGAUUUGUGGAUCCCGAGUGAGGGUUGAACUAUCAACAGGCAUGCCUCGGAGAUCUCGUUUUGAUAGACCACCUGCCCGACGUCCCUUUGAUCCCAAUGAUAGAUGCUAUGAGUGUGGCGAAAAGGGACAUUAUGCUUAUGAUUGUCAUCGCUAUAGCCGACGAAGAAGAAGCAGGUCACGGUCUAGAUCACAUUCGAGAUCCAGAGGUAGGCGAUACUCUCGCUCACGGAGCAGGAGCAGGGGAAGGAGGUCAAGAUCAGCGUCUCCUCGACGAUCAAGAUCUGUGUCUCUUCGGAGAUCAAGAUCAGCUUCACUCAGACGAUCUAGGUCUGGUUCUGUAAAAGGAUCGAGAUCCCGGUCGAGGUCAAGAUCAAGAUCCAGGUCUCUUUCACGACCAAGAAGCAGCCGAUCAAAGUCCAGAUCUCCAUCUCCAAAAAGAAGUCGUUCCCCAUCAGGAAGUCCGAGAAGAAGUGCAAGUCCUGAAAGAGUGGACUGAAGUUCUCAAGUUCACCUUUUAGGGAAAAGUUAUUUUGUUUACAUUAUUAUAAGGGAUUUGUGAUGUUUGUUAAGUGUAACCUAGGAAGGGUAUUUCAACCAUCUAAUCAAAAUGGAUCUGGAUUAUUACUCUGUAAAUUCACAGCAGUAAAAUAACAUAAAUUUUCGUUGAAUGUAUUAAUUAACAUCCUAUGGUCUGAAAAUGUGGGUUUUUAUUUGGCACAUUUAAAUAAAAUGUUUCUAACUAGA